AUGGCUCUCCCGCGUGCCGUGCUCUUGCUAACCAUAUUGUCACUCACCCUCAUAGCAUCCUCCAUUAAUGCUCAAGUUCCACCCUCCAGCUCCCAGCCGCCAACCAACAUGGCUACUCCCCCACCAACAACCAUGGCCACCCCGCCACCAAGCGCUGCAACUCCUCCUCCAACCUCGCCCCCAGCCACAGCACCAAGUACUGCUUCAAUGCCUUCCCCUCCCCCAAGCCCAACAAGCUCAGAGAGCCCAACAUCUAACGCACCAUCUUCACCCUCUGCGCCUGAACCACCAUCAUCAAUGCCUCCAUCUCCUCCUUCCCCAUCACCAACCCCGCCACCAAGCGCUGCAACUCCUCCUCCAACCUCGCCCCCAGCCACAGCACCAAGUACUGCUUCAAUGCCUUCCCCUCCCCCAAGCCCAACAAGCUCAGAGAGCCCAACAUCUAACGCACCAUCUUCACCCCCUGCGCCUGAAUCACCAUCAUCACCUCCAUCUUCUCCUUCCCAAUCACCAGCAGCAGAACAGACUCCAGGUCCCACGGGGAUGGCACCAGGAAAUGCUCCGGCCUCACCCAACGACGGCAGUAAUGUUUUUGUUCAUGGAAGCAGCAUGGCCUUGGUGGUAGCAUUGUUUGGAGGGUUUGCACUCCUUGUUUGAUGACAUUCAUGAUGAUCUGGCUCAUUAUUGUUUAGAAUCAUUGUUCGUAGCUGUUCCAUUUGUGAUUUUGUGAAGGGAGGAGGUGGAUUUGGAGAUAUAUCAGAUAUUACAGGUAUUUGUUCUUAGUAUAUUUUGAGUACUUAGCAGAAUAAGAGGGACCUUGGGAUUCCUAUU